CGGGACAAGACACCGGUUCGCCAGCCAAAAUUUGCGGAAGAAGAAGAAAUGGAUGCAAUCAAACCUGGAUGGUUCAGUGAAAUUAACGAUCUGUGGCCAGGUGUUUCGUUGUCUCUCGAGGUCGUCAAGAUACUGCAUCGAGAACGAUCGCAGUACCAAGAUGUGAUGGUGCUCGACACGAGAUCACACGGAAGGACCCUAAUUUUAGAUGGUAUUAUACAGUGCACGGAGAGAGACGAAUUUUCCUAUCAGGAGAUGAUUGCGUUUUUACCAUUGUGUAGCCACGCAAAUCCAAAAACUGUGUUAAUAGUUGGUGGCGGAGAUGGCGGAGUUGCUCGUGAAGUUGCAAAACAUCCGCUAGUAGAGCGAAUUGUGCAGGUUGAAAUUGAUCCGAAAGUAUUGGAAGUAUCUAGAAAAUACUUGCCUUCGAUGGGUGUGGGAUUGGAUAAUCCUAAAGUCACCCUUAACGUGGGUGAUGGUCCAGCAGAGUGCUUGUUCCACGAAUCGUACUUCAGUUUAAUGAAAAGUGCAUUGAAACCUAAUGGAAUCGUUUGCAGUCAAGCGGGCACUGCAUGGUUGAAUCUCGACCAUGUGACGCAAACUUUGCAACACUGUAAAUCUCUAUUUCCGGUUGCGUCUUAUGGUGUUGUUUCUGUGCCUACCUACCCCACAGGACAAAUUGGAUUCGUGCUCGGUGGAUUAAACCCUGAAACGUGCUUCAAAGAACCGAAAAAAAUUUUCAGUCACAGCGAACUCGAUGAAAUGAACAUGCGAUACUACGACGACCAAAUACACCAAGCCGCUUUCAUUCUUCCAAGGUUUAUAGCAAAAACAUUAAACGAAGCCCUUACGAAGAAAUAG